UUUUUGUAAAUUACAGUUUUAAAUGGUAACAUCUACAGGUGUAUGUUUGCUGUAUUUUUAAGUUUUUCAGGCAACCACAUCUGCCAGUUUUUUUUUCUUCUGUAAAAACUUCAGGAUGUUUUUUUUACAGUGUAGUAAAUUAUUUUUGUAUAAUUUUACAGUGGUGUUGGAUGGACAGUAGUUUGGUUGAUUUGGAUCCCUGUUUGUUUCGGCUUAGCUUUGGCCCUGAUGUCAUGAAGUCAGGCAGAGGAUGUGGGAUUUGUGUAUGUCAUAGUAUUUUUGCAGAAUACCCGGUGCAGCUUUGCUUAACAAUGCGUUGAGUUGUGGUCUUCGAGCUGAAGGUGGCUUCCUGUCCUCCUCCGCUGCGCAGGAUGCCUCACAGCCUCGCUCUCAGUCUGCACCUCUGAGCUCAGGGGCAUCUGGAGGGCCAAAGGGCAUCAGGAUCUCCUCCAGCGUCCAGCCGCCGUUCUCCCGCUCACUGGAGGUUUUAUGGACGAAGCCUCGGCUCUCAGCCCGUCCAGUGCUCUAGAAGCAUCUCCUCGUGAACGCAGCAGAAGAUGGCUACGACACUGCAUGAAUUCACACAGUUUGUGGAUCCUAAGACUUUCCCCCGAGUGCUUCAGAUCCAGUCAGGAUUUUAUUAUCAAGGUUGCGUGUAUGAGAUGUUUGGAAGAGAGUGCUCUCUUGCGACUGGAGAUCUGCUGAAAGUCAUUGACUUCGCCAUCACCAGAUUCACGGCGCAGAGCUCCAACAGCACUGAGAUCGACAUCCCAGUGGAGUAUCCAGGUUUGUUCAAACUGGUGUCUGACAGCCAGCCGUACCGAAGCAUAGAAGAGAUAGCGGCCUCGCUGAAGAUCGGCUCCCAUCGGCUGGGCCAGCCCGUGUUCCUCAGCGGUCAGGAGAUUCAGCUGCCGCAGGGCGUCAUACGGGAGCGAGACAGCUUCAGGAUCACCGCCGUCACCCACGAGCUCAACGCUGGCCGUGUGCAGUGCGAGCUGCUCCACAGAGAGCCGCGCUUCUGCUUCAGCCUGAGCUUCUCCCAGCAGGGCCACUUCACAGAGUGCGCGGACGACCAGUUCUACUCCCUGAAAGAGAUCGCGGAGUGGAAAAUCUCCAAAGGCAGAAAGAGGACUGUAACCGAGGUCAAAGCUCCGGCCAAGAAGGACUUCUUGUUUUCCAGUUUGUUGGAGAAUGUAUCUGGAGAGCUGACACUGACCCCUGUGUAUGAACUAAAGGCUGUUUCAAGCCUCAGCGAGAAAGUUCUGCUCAUCCCGUCAAAUUUGGAUGUGGAGGUGGUGGAUGUGACAGAACAGUUUGAUUGCGACUCCUUUGUACAGCCUCUCUCUCUUUCGGAUGUUUUUAAGAGGCCUCCGGAGUUCUUUCCUGUGGUGGCCAAGCUGUCAAAUGAAAGGCAUUUCAAGCUUUCGCUGGAGCUGGAGUCCCUUUUCAAUUCCAAUCAGGUGAUCAUUCAUCAUGCUUUUUAUGCCAAGCGAAUCCUGGCCUCGGAAACGUGCCGUGAAUCAACGAGACACUUUCUUAUUCCGGAGUCCUAUAACGGACGCUUCAAGCGCCGGCCACGGCAGUUCCCCACCGCCUACGACCUGGAGCGGGCGCGCAGCGAGACCGAACAGAUACGCGUGGUCGCCACCAGAGAGUUCGAGUCGGUGUACAGCGGGCUUGCUUCUGUUCAGGCUGGAGAUGAGUUUAUAGUGACAAAAGGCAAAAGCUGUGCGGUUUCAUGCAAUGGCAUCGAGAAGGCAACUGAUGCAUUUGAGUGUCUGAAAGUCACCGAGAAAAGCCACGGGGUCGAGGUGAAGGAGCCUGUGUGCCUCCCCAUGUGUCUGGAGGGGGGAUUCAUGGAGCUCGUCAAGGACAAGCGCCAAUAUACCAUUGCGGAAAUAUGCCGAUGGUUCCCGCUGCCCUUCAACGUCAAAGUGUCUGUGCGCGACCUCUCUUUGAAGGUGGACGUUUUGGCUGGAGUGCCUGGUCUGCGCAUUGAGGAGGAGAUCUCGGACCCUUGCCUCCUCGUUUCAAACGAUGAGCUCUCAGAGUUCAGGGAGGUGCCAGUAAACCGUACAGACUUGAUCCUUAGCAUAAAACAACACUGGGCUGGCGAAAAUCCCAAAUAUAGUGUAAAGUCAGCCAUAGAGGAGAUCUCAGAGGACUGUUACUACACCCUGAGGAGGUACGCUGUCGCUACUGUUACACCCCCUCCACGGCCUCCGAAAAAACCCAAACAACCUCCACCGCGACCCCCCAAGAUGCUCUCAUCCAGAUCUGAGAGCGCAAACAGUGACAACUCCAGCUGCUCUCCAAAGAGUCUCCGCGUUGAACCUUUUAAACAAGACGACUUCAUUCAAUGCAGUGACUCAAAAAAUGGAAAUGACAAAAAGAUUCCCAGUAGUCCAGACACAUUUCCAAAACCGAUCCUUCAGAAAGCUCUCGCCAAGGGCCGAAGUCUGGACGACAUAUCCAUCGGAAAAAACGAAGAUGACGACACUGAUGUGCACGAUUACGAAUAUAUAGAUGAGGAUCAGCUUGACAACAUAAGAAAGGCGUACAACGAACAGCACGUCAACGUGGGCGUGAAAGGAAAGCCGAGUAACACAAUAUAAGUAUACUAUGGAAACACAACAUGGUGCAACAAAGAAAGAGUCAUUGACCAAGGCUUAUUUAUUUAAUAAUCACAAAUAUACAUUAUUAUAAAUAUGAUGGAAUGCAAAUAAUUUAUUAGGUUAAGGUCUGUCAGUGUUUUCAAAUCCCAUUGCAGAAAUGUACAGUGUGAUUUUUGGAUUGCUUUUCUUAAAUGGAUUAAUGCCAAGCUUCGAGUAAACAGGUUAAAGUACAUCAGUUCAGUCAGUUGAUGGUCUCCCUAGAACAGGCUGGACAUUAUUUAACAAAUUCUUUAAAAGCAGAAUUGCUACUCAUAAAUCAUAAAUGAUUAAAACAGUCAAUCUUUCUGCACAUACAAACACUGCAAACGGCUGUCAGUCUUCACGAUGGGCUUCAGUACCAGAUCAGACAAUACAAUGUUUGAAACCCAUUUGGACUGUAGAUGUGAGAUACAGACAAAAUGUACAGAAAAUGAUUUAUCUUUUUAAAGGUGGUUCUACAAGCACUGACACUGCCUGCAUGUCCAAGAGAAACACUGAUGCCAAAUGCUUACUUUAGCGUCUGUUUACCGACUCAGGGCGAGCCGUUUUAACCCGAGGUCACGUUUGUGUGUCAGCCAAAGAGUAUUAUUACAUUACAAUGACAUGAUGAAUUACAUUUAUUGGCACUGGAUAAAAAUGCAG